GUUUUUGUGGUUGGCUUUCCUGCUCUCUUGACAAAAUAUUUUUCCCAGGGUUAUAAUUUGCAUGUGUAUUUACUGACUGAAUUACAAGUUUAAAGCGUUUAAUUUUCACUAAUUAUCAGUAAUUUAAUUAACUUGUAACUUAACUAAUAACUAAUAAUUAAUUUGUUCUUAACUAAAAAUAUGUUGACCUUCAAAGGGAAAAGUAAAUCAUAUUUAGGACAAGAUUCAGAUUCUGUCCAGAUUAAUGUGGAUGAAACGGUGUGUCAAAUUUGGGAGGAUUUCGAUUCCUGGAUUUCUAAGCAGUUUAAUCAGGAAGGAAAUAAUCAUGGAAAAGAAAAUGAUACAGAAGAAAUUCUUAACGUUGUGGUUUCAACUUCAACUACGUGUUUGCGUGUGACUUUGGACGAUAUCGAAUCUGGAAUUGGCGACUCGGCGGAUCAGUGUUCGUCCACGUGUACGUUGUGUAACGAGAGAAAAAUCAGUAAUGCGACCACCACUGCGCCGCAAAAACAAUCGCGACGCCAAAAUGAAGACCGUUCGAGACGACGCCAAUCAUCGAACGUGGUCACGUUGCCACCGUGUUUCGAGGGCGUUUUAGUCUUCAUCUUUGCCUGUUCUGUCCUCAUCGUGUGCAUGUUGUGGUUAAGUCGUUUUGUGAAGUAUGAAAAAAGUGGGGAAGUUUCUGUACCUGAUACGCUGCCGAAUUGGUGGGUCCCACUUCCGGAAGGGGGACGAGGACGAGUCACGUGACACCAAAAAAA